AGAGGCAGAUUGUAAUAUUUUUGCAACUGUUAUUGAUACGAUAGAAUCAAAAAAUGAUUUUUUUACUUGUCAAGUCCUUUGUCCGCCAGAUGGAAACCCAAGUCUUAUAAUUCAUUGUAUUCAGAAAAAAUUUAAGAGAUAUCAAUGCAAAUUAAAAAUUGGAUGGAUGGUGAUUGGAUAUUAUACGGAUUUCAAUUUUAUACAUUCAGAUUUUAAAGCUCAAUUAAAAAUUUUGAAAAAUGAAUUUAGUAUGCCAAAUAAUUCAAAUAAUCAAACCAUGAUUAACGCAGAAUUAUUAAGUUUUGAAAAUCCGUUUAUCAAUAUUCCUGCUUGUUUGGGAAGUCCUGUAUUAACUAAGUUGGAUUCUUCCAAUGAUUCCCUUAUUAUUGGGUAUCAUUUUUUCAACGCUCAAGAAGAGAACAAAAUUGGAGCAUGCACUUUCUCUUAUUGUUUAAAAAAUCAUCACUAUGUAAAUUUACCUAAAUUUACUUUCUAUACCCUUAUUAUUUCAAAAUAUCAUAUUCCUAAUGCUUAUAACAUAAUUCCUUUUGACUAUUCACUUUUAAAUAAGCCAUUUAUUGAUUUCAACAAUAAUAUUACUGGAUCUUGUAUAAAUCCGAAAUUUAUUAGUUUGUAUUCUACGCAAAAAACUAAUUAUGGACCAAUUUUUCUAAAACAAAAAAGUAAAAAAAUUAAAACCAAAAUUAUUAAAUGUAAAAAGAGCGCUUGUUUGGCUUGCAAAAAUAAGACUAUAACAAUAUCAAAAGAUAAUGUUAAAUGUGUAUUCUUCGAUCCAUAU